UCUACACGCCGCAAGUAAACAAAAGGAAAAAAGAGAGAAAGGCUGGGUCAUAAAAAUAAACUUUUUUUUUAUAUUUACAAUACAAAACUAUUAUAAAUUUAACUUGCAACAAAAUUCAACUUUUAAACAAAAUUUAUCUUGAAUCAAAAUGAGUGAAAACUUAGAUUUAGUGAAAGCCAAAACAAAUCUUCAGAAUAUAAUUCAGCACAUGAAGAAAAUUAUUGCCGGCGAAGUUCUAGACAAUUGCACCGUAGAAGAUAUUAAAUUUCAAAUUAGAUCAAUUAGAAAUGCGUGUUCGCAAGGAGAACAAGCCCAGAACUUCCUGAUUGAGCAGGAGGAGACAAUUGAAUAUAUGCAAAUUAUAGCUUCGAAUGAACUGCAGGCCAAGGACUUGGUUGAGUUGUCGUGGCAAUUCAUUGCCAAUCUCACAGUUCAAAAUGAAAAAUCACAGAAAUUUAUUUGGGAUCAUCUUGGUGACACUCUGACCGAUUACAUCCGAGUUCAGCCCAUCGACAAUAACACCGACAAGAAACUUAUGAUAAUCUAUAAUAUCUGUCGUGGAGGAAUUGCCGAGUGCAAUGAGAAGUUCGCCUUAGCCUUGCUUGCUGAUUUGUGGCAUAGAAUUGUGGAGGAGCAAAGUAAUGAGGAACUAAUUUUCAUUGAUUUGUUCUUUGAAUACUUCUUGGUCACUAAUCAGUGGACGCUGAGGCUGUACGCCACUAUCAGUGCACAAAAUCGGAUUGAUAUUCUGAAGUACAUAACCACCUAUAUACGCAAUGACAGUCCCAAUGGUCCAAUUCGUACAAUUCUCAUGGAAUACAUAUCGAAGGAGUUUAAGAAAAAAGCAGACUGUAUUUUGAGGAAUUCGGGAGACAUGGAGAAUAGCCUUCAUCCGCAAGAGGUUUAUAAUUUAUUAAGUGUGAUUUCUUGCGCUACCGGAAGCGAAUUGUAUUACAAUAUCUAUGCCAGAGAUGAUGCUUUGUUCUUGAGUGCUGGGGCUUUGUUGCAGAGCAUCGUUGCAUUGGGCAAAAAGGAUUCCAAUCAAUUCACACCCAUGACUAAGUUGGAAGAAGUUGCACCUGGGUCGAAUAUUGACACUUCGUUUGAGUUGGAAAUUUCAUUUGAAUUGAAGACGUUGCUGGUAAGGACCAUUGGGAAUUUGUUGUGCACUAAUCGAAACAAUCAACAACAUUGUAUCGAUACUAAGCUGCUUCCGGCACUGCUCGACUGCACAAAUAUGGACGCCAGAAAUCCACUCAUCAAAGAAUGGAGUAUAUUGGCCAUCCGGAAUGCAUGUUACGAUUGCCCUGAAAUUCAACAAAUGAUAUCCGAACUCACUGAAACUGGGGUCGCCCCAAAUCAGCUUUUAACUGAGCUCAAUAUUGAAAUGGGUGCUCUCCGGAUACAACCAAAAGAUUAAAUUAAAAAAAAGGAAAAUAAUAAUAAUAAAACAAAAAAAACAAUGAUAAUGAUAAUAAAGCGAACAGAAAAAUACAUAAUACAUUUUAAAAAACAA